CUCCGAUCAAAUCCACAUCGGAACAACCAUUGAAAAGCACGCGAUUCCUACCCGUCCUGUCGCCGCCAUCACCACCGCCGGUCGGAGGUGCCUGUCGCCGCUGCUCGGCUCCGGCCCGGAGCGUCCCUCCCUCUCCUCGUUCCGCAGUUUUCAACGGCGGUUGGGCCCCGUCAAAAAUCUAAUCCUACUGUCUCUCUGAAGCCGGCUUCCUUGACUAAUCGGCGGCGGAAUCUCGCGGUCUUGGUUUGGCCCCCUUGUCUGGUUCCUCCCGAUCGGUACUUGCCUGGUGGUUGAUACCUUCUAUUCUCUUCCCUUGUUUGGUGCUCAAAAGGGCGCAAUUUCCACUUGGUUCUUGGUAUGUUGGAGGUUGCCACCUUCUUUCUGCUUUGAUUUUUUCUUCGGCGGGAGCGUCGUCAACGCGACGCCUCGAACGGGUGCUUGGCUGGUGGAUCUAUUGGAUUUCUUGGCCCAUCGACAUUUGUCACCAUGGGCGGCGUGUGUUCGGCGGGGAUUGCAGGGGACAAGUCGCCAACGGAGCUCUCAUUCCGAGCGAUGGGGUUCGUGGUGGAGCAGGAUUUCAAGGCCUUCUCAGCCGCCGGCAAGAACAGGACCGCGCCCGUCGAGGAGGCGGUGGAUCCUAACCAAGUGAGCGAUCAGUCUUUUCGUUUCUCUGACAAGGGCUCGCCGCCAUCAACGAGUGGCAAGGUUCAUCGCUCGGUCUCCAAGGAGGCCAAGACUGGGAAGCCUAGGAGAAGCGCCUCCGGCAAGGCUGGUCCAAGCAAGGUUUCAGACAUAGGCACAGUGCUUGGUAGAAAGAGUACCUCUGGACUUGGGAAAGCAGUAGAGGUUCUAGAUAAUCUGAGUAGCAGCAUGUCAAGUUUGAGCCCUGGAGGGGGUUUUGUCGCAGGACCAACGACAAAGGGGAACAAAAUAUCAAUCCUUGCAUUUGAGGUUGCAAACACAAUAGUUAAGGGCAUGAGCCUCAUGCAGUCUUUGUCCAAAGAAAGCCUGAACUACUUGCAGGACAUGGUCCUUCUAUCGGAAGGUGUACAACGAUUAGUUUCAAGCAACAUGGGUUAUCUGAUGAGAAUUGCUGCAGCUGACAAGAGGCAAGAGCUGAGGAUAUUUUCACAAGAAGUCAUAAGAUUUGGGAAUCGUUGCAAAGAUCCUCAGUGGCACAACCUAGAUCGUUAUUUCUCCAAGCUAGAGUCAGAAAUUACACCCCAACCACAAUUAAAAGAAACGGCGAAAGCAGAUAUGCAGCAACUGAUGGCCCUUGUUCGCCACACUGGUGAUCUCUACCAUGAAUUACACGCACUAGAUAGAUUUGAGCAAGAUUAUCGCCGAAAGUUGGAGGAAGAGAAAAGAUCAGUUACAUCUGAAAGGGGGGACACUGUUCAGAUCAUCAGACAAGAGCUGAAGAGCCAGAGGAAGCAUGUACACAAUUUGAAGAAAAAGUCUCUUUGGUCUAAGCCUCUUGACUCUGUCAUGGAGAAGCUUGUAGAUAUUGUCCACUUCUUACAUGUCGAGAUCCAAGAUACUUUUGGGCCUUGUGUUGGAGAGUCGAGCGAAUCACAAGAGAGCCGUCAAACUUUGGGGUCUGCUGGUCUCUCUCUUCACUACGCUAAUAUCAUUUCUCAGAUUGACAAUAUUGUUUCCCGAAGCUCCGUCCCCCCUCAGAGCACCAGAGAUGCGCUCUAUCAAAGUCUGCCCCCGAACGUCAAGUCUGCUCUUCGAACAAGGCUGAUAACUCCGACAGAGUCUCAAGAGGUUCCGAUCACUAGAACCAGGAGUUCAAUGGAGAAGACUUUGCAAUGGAUUGUCCCGGUUGCCAAUAACACGGCCAGGGCACACCAUGGGUUCGGAUGGGUUGGCGAGUGGGCGAACACAGGGAACGACCCGGCGCAGAAGCAGGCCGGGCAACCUGGCGCGCUGAAGAUCGAGACGCUGUACCACGCGGACAAGGAGAAGGCCGACGCAUGCGUACUGGACCUGGUGGUGUGGCUCCACAUCCUGAUCAGCUACAGCAGGCCGGCAAACAGGUCGCCGAGCCGAUCCCCCGUCCGUUCCCCGACCCACGCGGCCCCGCGGGUGGUGGUAGCAGCAGCAGCCACUUCCGGGCGCCCCGCUGGGCUCACCCGAGAAGAGCGCGAGAUGCUGCAGGACGCCUACACCCGGCGGCGGUCCCCCGGGGCCGGGAAGAGCAAGAGCCAGGAGCUGGCGGCGGCCCGCGGCAACAGGGUGGCGCUGAGCAGGAACGACAGGCUGAGCAAGAGCGGCCCGUCGUCGCGGGAGCACGGCGGCAGGGUCUUCCCGCUGGCGACGGGCAGGUCGGCCGCCGCCUCGUCGCCCGUCGCCGUCGGCUUCGACAUCGACCGGAUCAAGGCGCUGGAGGACGUGGUGGACAGAGUGGACGCGCAGAAGCAGACGCGGCUGUGAAGCUGUGGCUGUGGGUUCCAGAGAAUUCAGGACGGAGGCAGCAGAGAGCAGGUGGCCAUGGGUUCAGGAAUGGAAUGGGAUGGGAAACAAACAACGGUUCUCUCUCGUGUGGACUGCUAGCAGAUUAGCAUACAUAAUGCCUGCAGAAACGCUGCAGGAUGGAUGCAUAGAAAGAACAAGAUACUAUACACAUAGGCAAGAUUCCCCCCCUCCUUUUGUUUUGCCUUUCUGUCGGGCGGUCAGUAUUUGUACAUGUACCGUGCCAAAUCAUCAGGCUAAACAAACUCUGUUGCUUGUAAGCUGUAAUAACUGUAUAUAUUUAUUAUUAUUAUAUACGUACAUAAGUCACGAAAAUGC